ACCCCUCCAGUCAACCUUCACAUAAGGACAGUUGUUUUAUAGAAUCUUUACUGUCUUCAGUGGUCUCCCCACAGAGCUUGGAUGAGAUUGGCUGUCUGAGACACUAUCAAGAAAGAGCAUUGCUGCAGAACAAUUUAAAUAAAGAAAUUAAGAAUAAGUUAGAAAAAAUAUUGACCUGGGUUGUGGCUAAAGUAAACUGUGUCCUAUACUCAACUGUAACAGAGUACAACGAGAUAAUUAAAGAUAAAGUAUAUGCAAUAUCUGAAGAGUCAAGACCGUCAUUAUGCAACUCUAGCAGUUGUCGCAUACCUAACGGAGAGAUCCGCAAUAUAUUUGGAAGUCUUCCUUCUUCCAGCACCAGAAAUGUCUUCUUUACAGAUGAGAACAUAAAAUCCACUAGCUCACCAAGUGAUCUCUACACAGUCGUAAGAGGGAAGCCACAGCAGUUCCAAAAACCAUUGUCCACAUCUCUGACAAAGAGCACACCGAUAUCUCUGGAAAAUGACAUUUAUAAGGGGAGAAAAGGAAUGACACCUCAGUAUCAUAAAAGACUGCACACAGAAGUUAUGUCUGGGUUUCCCAAAAGGAAGUUUAAUUCAGACAAGUAUCCUUUUAACCAAACUUACUCUAAACAAAAAUCUGCAAUAAAAGAUGCCAGGCCAAAAAAAUGGAUUUUGGACAAUAUUGAUUCAGACUGCAAACAAGAUCAUCCCAAAAGCGGCAUUUUUAAGAAGUUGUUUGCACAGCAGUCAAUAACAGAAGCUCAUGACAGUGACAGCUUGAUGCUGCUACAGGUGGCCAAGAAAGUUGUAAAGGAUAUUUUUAUGAGAGUAAGAGACCUGGAUCAUUCUGUCAGCAUUUUAAAGAAGGCCCCUAUUGAGAUGAGUGAAAAAUUGUUCUGUAGCCAUUUUAAAAGAACUGAUUAUCUUAAGACUUUUCAUAAAAAUUCUCAGAAAGAAGUGGAAUCAGUUGCUAAAGAGAUUGUAGAAACUGUUUUUGAGAACUUUCUCAAGUGUUUGGAGUCCAGCAUAGCAACUGCCACAGACCAAGAAGAACCUCUCCCAAGAAGAAAAGAGUGGGACUCUGCUAGGGGAAUGAACAGAGUUUUCAAAUCAGAAAGAAAUAAGUGUGCACAAUCAGAAUUACCCAUUUAUGACCCAACACUUUCUUUGGCUUCUAUUGAUAAAAUAGCUAAAGAGACUGUUGAAAAUGUUCUAAUCAUGCUAGAAUCAUUUGUGGCCUUUCAGUUUAAACAUGACUUUAACUGCAAAUUUUCUGAAAUAGUGAAAUUUCCUGUUGAAAAUAUCUCUAGUACACAACAGAUGCCACUCUCUCCCCAGGGAACAACUGAAAUAGAAAUGCCAGGAGCAGGUAAAAGAAUGCCAUCUGGGUUAGAACCAUACCCAAGUACUUCAGAUUUAUCAAGAGUUAGUAGUUGGAUUACAAAGGAAAGCAUACACGAUGCAGUUUUCAAAAUUCAAAGACUCCAUUCAGAAUUAAGCAUGUACGCUAGUAUUGCCGUUUAUGAUGUUCUUGAAAUCAUCCAACAGAAUCUAGAAAGGGAAAUUAAUCAGAGUGAAACAAAUGUGACAAAUGAGAUCAUUAGGACCAUAUUAGAUAGAUGUAGUCAACAGGUGGAUGAAUUUACUUCAGAGCUGAAGUUUGGAAAUCUACAAAUAGAAGAGUCUAGGCGAGUGUUUGCAAGUAAUAAAGGUCCUGGUCAUGGCACUGCAUGGUCUGAAAGAACGAAAAUACCUACCAGAAAAUUGAAAGAAAUUUGCCUAAGCAAAGACUUGCCAUCUUUUAACAUUCCUGGAAUGGUGUUUUACUCAGAAGAGGAGUCAGAAAUCGAAGAGGGUAUUCUAUCCAAUUUCCUCCCCACAGUCCUUCAGUUCUCUGAACAGAACACUCACACCAAAUCAGAGGGGACCCAAAAGUCUCCUUACUACACUGCAGCUUCCAGACUGAGAUCUUCUAGGACAUCAAAUGAAAUAAAAACUAAAGAAAAAGCCUUUGCUUCCAAAAGGCCUCUGCCGCCCAUUGGCAGGCCACUCUCAAGAAAGCCCUGCUCUGCACAGGACACAAAGCCAAGUCCCAAAGGGGAAGUGACAUGGAGGCCCGUCUGUGAAGAGCAUGGGGAGCUCAUGACAAGUGAGCCCUCACGUCGGGCCAAUGAUCUGUCACUUAAGACAUUAAUGGAAGAUCUAGUAAACAGAUUUGUGUCUACAAUCUUAAACUCAGUUUGUAGCACGGGCCCCAAGCAUAGAAGAUUGGCAGAAAGGGAUGCAAGUAAAAUUGCUGACCCACUUAAACAGACCAUAGAAAAAAUAAUGCCCCAAUAUGAAAUGGAUGUUGUAGGAAUUACAGAUGAAGAACAGUAUUCAAGUGAAGAGUAUGAAGAAACAGUUAAUCAAGUGGUCCAUUCUGCUUAUAGUAAUGUCUUGCAAGAAUCAGGAUCUCAGCAAGACAUUUGCGAUGAUGUAACGAGCCCCAGAAAAGUUUUCCCAAAACGAGUACCCAGCAUGAUACUGAGUGAAAUCUCCACUUGCAAUCUAAACUGCACUAUCAAUGAGGAUGAGCCUACAGAAAGCCCCAGUGCUACGAAUCUUCACAAAUUUGUUGAUAGAGCUCUUUCACAAGUCUCCAGCAUUAUACCAAAACAUGAGACAGAAGACUCUCCAGCGCUGAAAACAAAUGAACAAACAAAAGAAAUGCCACCAGAAGUAAAAGAUCUACCAAUUGAAAUAGCCCCUUGUAUUAAGAACAGACCAAUACAAAUAGAUCCAGAAAUUGUAGCAGAGCAUUUAGCAGUUAUUUCCAUAAAAACAGAGCCUCUUGAAACACCAAAUGCUGUGGGCUCCAGGAAAGCUAAAUUAAGUCAAACAGUGCUAAGAAAAGUAACAGAAUCAAAGGAGAGUUUUAUGGAUGCCGGUAUUGGUUAUGAACAAAGGAAAAAGUCACACAGACGGUCCUCUGUGACUACUUUAGGGCGGCUAGAUGUAAGACCAAGGGAACUGGUGUGCAGAAAUUCGUUUCGGAACCUGAAAAAACCUGACAUUAGUGCCGUGGAACUUUUAAAAGAUGUCCAGAACAAGAAUGAACUCCUGGUGCGGCUGGUGACCUUUGAUACAGAGCAUAAGGAAGAUGAUGACCAUGAACUGCAGCAGGAAAGGGAGACUAACAUGUGCGUUAUAAAAGUGGAGUCUUCCUCAUUUUCGGAGAUUGAUCCACUCAGUGCAAGCGGAGAAGAUACCAAUGCUAGUUCGAGCCUGGAAGAGGUAGAACUCACUCAGUUCACUGUUCCCAAGGCAGCCCCAGACCUGUCCUCAACCACAGAUCUGCCAUCUGCUCAGAAGAAGAACAGUUACAUUUUAAGUGGGAACACUGGAGAAACAUCACCUGGCAGAGAGAGACAGAACAGAGGAAUUUGUGACAGCUCACCCCAACCUAAGGAUAUAGAAGUCACAUCUCACACUUUAGAGUCUGCGGGGCCCUGUGGAGACCUUGGAUAUAAGGUUUCCCCAUUGCAGGAAGAUACAGGAGCUGUCAAUGCUUUAGACUCCCCUGUUACUGAACAAGAUGUCUCAGCAUAUGAGAGAGCAUCUCCUGCUCUUUCCCCAGAAAUGUCUCCCAACAAGGUCCCACCAGACUCAGAAAGCCCAUAGGAGAUCUAUGCCAGACACAGAUUGAAUAAAGAGGUUAUCUAACAUUG